AUGCGCGCCAUCUUUGUCUUGCUCGUUGUCGCUGUCUUCGCUUUCUUGGGAGUUUCAGCCCAAGGAAAGCAGCAGCAGCCCAAGUGCGGCGAAAACGAAAGCUUCCAACGUUGUGGAAGUGCAUGCGAGCGCACGUGCAGCAACGGAGAUGAUUGGGAGAAACCAUGCAAAGCGCCCUGCGUCGACAAAUGUUUCUGCCUGGAUGGAUUCUUGCGUGACGAUAGCGGCAAAUGCGUCCGUGCCUGGCGUUGCAACCCUUCACUGUAA